UAAGGCGCCCCAGGGAAGGCGGGAGCGCUCUCCACGACCCCGGUAGGGAGCGUCCCUGAGCCCCAAUCCCAACUGCCCUCCAGUUCUGACACAGAUUCCUCUCCUGAUCUUCAAUCCUGUGCCUUAAAAGAGGGCUCAAACUAGGGAGGUUCCUGCUGAAUUUCUCAUCCGUAAAGAGGCGACCACCUGGGGAUUUGGAGCCGGAUUAGGCAAAAAGCUUAGGAGGAAAUACGGAAGUGGAGUUUCGGGUCUGCGCCGCGGGAUAAUAUGACGAUUAAUAUUCGUUAAAUAUUGGAUGCGCCUAGAGAGAUGGGAUCCACCCCUUGGAGAAAUGUGGAACUUCCCAAAAGAGACAGUAACCUGUCAAAUCAAAUUUACAACGUUAAUUAGAAAAGUAAGCCCCGCCUUUCCUAGUACGGCUAGUUUGUCUAAAUAUAGUUCCUUCCUUUUCUUCUGACUCGGGUGUGUGUUGUUUAUAGGAGGUACUCCACGAGUGAGAAAAUUGACAAUGUGUUUUGCGUAAUUCAUCUCUUUCUAUCUCCCUGCACUCUGUGCUGGGAAAAUGCAUCAUCCAUUUGGAGAAGAGGAAACUGCUUCUCAGAAGCAGCUUUUUGGAUUUUUCUGUGAAUGCCUUCGGAGAGGAGAAUGGGAGUUGGCACAGGCUUGUGUACCUCAGCUACACGAGGCCCAAGGGGAUAUCCCAAAGAAGGUGGAAGAUAUACUUCAGGCGCUGGUCAUGUGUCCCAGUCAGCUGAGAUGUGGACAGGAUAUCAACCCUCAAAGAUUAGCCUGGGUCUGGCUUCUUGUGCUGGAAAAAUGGUUGGCCCUGGAAAAGAAGUUACUUCCAGCUGGCUUCCGGAGAAAACUUGAGUUUCUUUUAUUGUCAGAAGACCUCCCAGGUGACAUCCCAGAGGACAUCCUCAAGGAGCUGUACACGGUCUUAGCACAAGAUGCGGCAGACUCUGUGCUUGAUGGAAAUCAGAGGCAAGAGAGCUGGCCCCCUUGGCUCAGCUCAGAAGCUGUCUCUCUGCUCUGGGAUCUUCUGCGGGAGGCCCCUCAGCCUGCGCAGGCACUGCUGGAGCUCCUGCUUGGGGAGGAAGAUGGCACGGGCCUCCAAGGCUGGUUCCUGCAGAAGGCGCUGGUGGACCUCAUUCGAAAGGCAUUGCGAGCUUUGCGGGGUCCUGCCAUCGGGCACCCAGGGGCAGUCGAUGCCAUCUACGGAGCCCUGCGGACUCUGCGCUGCCCUGCAGAGCCGCUCGGGGCUGAGCUGCGUCUCCUGUGUGAGGAACUGCUGGAGGCCAGCAGGGCAGAGGGGAGUCCCCUGCGGGAGGAGCGGCUGCUCGGCUGCCUGCUGCACGAGGCCGGGCGGGGCCUGGUGUCCCUGUAUGGCCACACCUAUGCAGAGAAGGCCCCAGAAAAGCCACCGACAACCACACCCUCGGGAAAAGUCUCACUGGCUCAUCUAGAUCCUGAGCGGGCAAUGCUAGCCUUGUUCUCCAAUCCUGACCCAGCCCAGGCUUGGAAAUUGGCCUAUUUCUACUGCCUGAGCAACAGCAAGCACUUCCUCGAGCAGAUCCUGAAACCUCCCUUCUAUACUGAAAAGCUUCUUACCCUGAUUAGCAGCAAGUCCCCAGAGCUGCCUCUAGCAGCCUCCUUUGGCUUCCAGGUGACAGCACUCACCCUGUUGAAGGAGGAAGACUUCCCAAGUCUUGGCUGCCUGCUAGAUAGAGAAUUCAGCCCUCUCAGUCGACUGCUCGUGCUCCUGGGCUGGACACACUGCCAGAGCCUAACGUCAGCCCAGAGGCUGCUCCAGACACUCCACAGGACCCAGGUGCCUGAGUCAGCAUCUCUUUCUUCUCCUGUAUCAACACAGGACCAAGGCUGUGAUAAGCUCCUCAGGGAUGCCUGUGAUGGGCUGUGGGCUCACCUGGAGGUCCUGGAGUGGUGUGUGCAGCAGAGCAGCAACCCCAUACCAAAGAGAGAUCUCUUGUGUCACUUACAUGGUGGAGAAAGCCACUCAGUGCUCUACUCUCUCCAUCACCUUACAAACCUUCCAGCCCUCAGGGAGGAAGAUGUCCUCAAGCUCCUACAGAAGGUGCCAGCCAAGGACCCCCAGCAAGAGCAUGAUCCAACUGACGCCACGGUCCCUGCGCACCUGAGCCGGUGUCAGAACCUGACACUCUACCGGAGCUUCUGUGCCAUGAAGUAUGCCAUCUAUGCCCUCUGUGUGAACUCACACCGGCACUCCCAGUGCCAGGAAUGCAAAGACGGUCCCUCUGAGGACCUGGCCGUGGCUGCAGAACCAGUGAACGAUUCUCUCUCCUCCCCAGGUGCUUCAGAUCUCUUUUCAACAUACCUGGCCAGGUGUCAACAGUAUCUUUGCAGUAUUCCUGACUCUCUGUGCCUGGAACUUCUAGAAAACAUCUUCUCAUUGCUCCUUAUCACCUCUGCUGAUCUUCACCCAGAGCCUCACCUGCCCGAGGACUACGCUAAGGAUGAUGACGCUGAGGGGAAGGGCCCGUUGGGUUUGAGGUCCCCGUCAGAGAGCCCUCAGCACAUAGCACAGCCUGAGAGGAGGUCAGAACAGGGUUCCCUGGGGGCCUCCAGGAGCCUGGCCUCCACAGUUCCAAGCUCUCUGAAGGCACAGCCAAAAGACAGUUGCCCAGAGCCUCACAGGCACAGCUUUUUGGACCUAAAGCACUUUACUAGCGGUAUCAGUGGGUUCCUGGCUGAUGAAUAUGUAAUAGGGGCCUUCCUCAGGCUGCUGCAGGAGCAGCUGGAUGAGCUAAGCAGCCGCAGCUCCCCCGAGAAGCCAAAGCUGCUUGAAGGCCAGAGUGGCCUGGGCAGCAGCAGCAGAGACGGACUGCAGAGCCGCCUGCACCAGUUCUCCAAGGUUCUCUCUGAGGCCCAGUGGAGGUACAAGGUGGUGACCAGCAACCAGGGCUCAGAGGAGCAACCCUCCCGAAGAUACCGGCCCAUCGCCACAUGGCACCCCAGUCUCCGCCGGGGUCGUCGGACAAGAAGGAGCCGGGCAGAUGGCCGGGACAGAGGUUCCAACCCAUCCCUGGAAAGUACAAGUAGUGAGCUGAGCACAAGUACUUCAGAGGGAAGUCUGAGCACUGCAUCUGGGAAGAAUGAGCUGGAUGGCCGGUUGCAGCCUCAACCUCAAAGUUCACUCAUCCGCAUGAUGUUCUCCCCACCUGAGUCACUGCUGGCAUCCUGCAUCCUCCGGGGGAACUUCGCAGAAGCCCAUCAGGUGGUGUUCACAUUCAACCUGAAGUCCUCGCCCAGCUCCGGGGAGCUGCUGUUCAUGGAGCGCUACCAGGAGGUCAUCCAGGAGCUGGCCCGAGUAGAGCACAAGAUCGAAAACCAGAACUCGGACGGGGGUAGUGGCACCAUCCGAAGAACAGGCAGCGGCCGCUCAACUCUGCAGGCCAUUGGCAGCGCUGCAGCCGCAGGAAUGGUAUUUUACUCCAUCUCUGAUGUGACCGACAAGCUGCUCAGCACCUCGGGAGACCCCAUCCCCACACUCCAGGAGGACUUCUGGAUAAGCAGUAGCCCAGUGGAGCCCACUGCCCCCCUGAGAGAGGUUCUGGAAGACCUCAGCCCCCCCGCCAUGGCUGCAUUUGACCUGGCUUGCUCUCAGUGCCAGCUCUGGAAAACCGGCAAGCAGCUCUUGGAAACUGCUGAACGGCGCCUGAACAGCAGCCUUGAGAGUCGGGGUCGCCGGCUAGACCACGUAUUCCUCAGUGCUGAUGGCAUUCGAGGUUUUCCAAGCGUUCUUCAGCAGAUCAGUAAGAUUCUCAAUUACCCACUUCUGUCAGCCGGACAAAUCAAACCAGAGAGUGUAGAGGAAAAGGGGGGAGGUCCCCCACGGUGCAGCAUUGCUGAGCUGCUUCAGAUGUGUUGGCCCAGCCUCACCGAGGACUGUGUCGCUAGCCACGCUACCCUCUCCCAGCAGCUGGAGCAGAUCCUUCAGUCACUGAGAGAAGCACUACAGCUGCCAGAGCCCAGGAGUACUCCACUCACCUCCCUGGUGGAGCAGGUGGCCGAGAAAGCUCUGGAGGCAGAGGCCCACCCUGUGUAUAUCCAGACUCAGCUCCUCCAGAAGAACCUGGGCAAACAGAUGCCGGCAGGCGGCAGGCAGACUGACUACAUGGGCACCUUCUUCAGGUACUGCAGCACCCUGGCUGCUGUUCUCCUGCGGAGUUUGAGCUCUGAGCCUGAUCACGUGGAGGUCAAGGUGGGAAACCCCUUUGUUCUCCUGCAACAGAGCUCUUCCCAACUGGUGUCACACCUCCUGCUUGAGCGACAAGUUCCUCCAGAGAGGCUGGCAGCCCUUCUGGCCCGAGAGGGUCUCAGCCUGAGUGUGCCACAGGUCAUUGUCAACUGCUGCUGUGAGCCCCUUGCCCUUUGCUCUUCCCGUCAGAGCCAGCAGACAUCAUCCCUUCUGACCCAGCUGGGCAUUCUGACCCAGCUGCAUACCUCCCACUGCCUGGAGGACCUCCCACUUUCUACACUGAGCUCCUCAAAGCCAACUGAGAAUCCCACGCUGGAGAGAAAGCCCCCCUCCUCCCCGAGGGAUUCAUCAGGCCCAGCCCUCACCUCCUCUGCCUUGGCCUUCCUUAAGUCCCGCUCAAAGCUGCUGGCUACCGUGGCCUGUCUGGGGGCUUCCCAGGGGUCAAAGAUCACCAAGCCCAGCUUGUCUUGGAAGGAGCUUCGUGGCCACAGGGAGGUGCCUCUGACUGCAGAGCAGGUAGCCCAGGAGUGUGAGCGCCUCCUGGAACAGUUCCCUAUGCUUGAGGCCUCCCUCCUAGCUGCCUGGGAGCCCCUACGAGGGUCCUCCAAGCAGGGGCAGAGUCUGACAGCGGGUCUCUGCGGCCGGGCCAGUCUCUCUACCGUCCUCCUGGGCCUGCAUUCUCCCAUAGCCCUGGAUGUGCUCACCAAGGCCUUCGAGGAAGCCCUGGUGGCCAGAGAUUGGCACCGGGCCCUUCAGCUCACUGAAGUGUACGGGCGAGAUGUGGACGACUUGAGCAGCAUACAGGAUGCGGUCCUGAGCUGUGCUGCGGCAGGUGUCAAAGAAGGUUGGCAGUACCUGUUUGCUGUGAAGGAUGCAUCUCUGAGAAGUCGGCUAACACUGCAGUUUGUGGACCGGUGGCCCCUGGAGUCAUGCCUGGAGAUCCUGGCCUACUGCAUUUCAGACACAGAUCUCCAAGAUGGGCUGGAGUGUGAGCUACAGAGAAAGCUAGCAGAGCUGCUGGUGUAUCAGAAGAUUCUAGGUUUGCAGGCUACCCCCGUGUGGUGUGACUGGCAGACCCUGAGGAACUGUUGUGUCGAGGACCCAUCAACUGUCAUGAAUGUGAUUCUAGAAGCCAAGGAGUAUGAGCUGUGUGAGGAGUGGGGCUGCCUAUACCCCAUUCCAAGAGAACAUUUAAUCAACCUACAUCAAAAGCAUCUUCUCCACCUUCUAGAAAGAGGCGAUCAUGAAAAGGCUCUGCAGCUCCUGCGAAGAAUUCCUGACCUCACCAUGUGCCUUGAGGUCACAGAGCAGUCCCUCGACCAGCACUCUAGCUUGGCCACUUCUCACUUCUUGGCCAACUACCUCACCACCCACUUCUAUGGAGAACUGACCGCUGACCGACGCCGUGAAAUCCAAGCACUGUACAUGGGAUCCAAGGUCCUGCUAACCCUGCCCGAGCAGUACCGGGCCAGCUACUCCCACUUGUCCUCUAACCCCCUGCUCAUGCUGGAGCAGCUGCUCAUGAACAUGAAAGUGGAUUGGGCCACCAUGGCUGUGCAGACUCUGCAUCAGCUGCUGGCUGGCCAGGAGAUUGGCUUCACCAUGGACGAGGUGGACUCGCUGCUUUCCAGAUACGCAGGAAAAGCCCUGGACUUUCUGUACCCUCUGCGGGAGAAACGCUCAGAUCCUGUGAUUUACCUCCAGGAAAUUGUCAGUCCGGCUUCAGACCUCGAGACCUUGUCUAGGUCACCGUCAGUGGAGUUCUCUUCUGUUGCUGCUCCUGGUGUCUCCAUUGUGCAUUCCCCCAGUCCGAGGGAGAGGAGCUUCCCACAGAGUCAGCCGCCACUGGAGUUUGUGCCCCCAGCAACGCCCCCUGCCAGGCACCAGUGGGUACCGGAUGAGAGUGAGAGCACCUGCAUGGUCUGCUGCAGGGAGCGCUUCACCAUGUUUAACAGGCGUCAUCACUGUCGCCGCUGUGGUCGGCUAGUGUGCAGUUCCUGCUCCACUAAGAAAACGGUGGUGGAAGGCUGCAGAGAGAACCCUACUCGCGUGUGUGACCAGUGCUAUAGUUACUUCAACAAAGAUGCGCCAGAGGAGAAUCCAGGACAACCAGGAGCACCAGACAGCCCCAAGAGCGAAAGCCCUCCAUACUCAGCUGUGGUGAGAGUCCCCAAAGCAGCUGAGGUGGAAUGGAUUUUGGAUCUGAAUGAGGAGGAAAAUGAGCUGGUGCGGAGUGAAUUUUACUAUGAGCAGGCCCCCAGCGCCUCCUUGUGUAUCGCCAUCCUGAAUCUGCACCAGGACAGCGUUGCCUGCGGCCACCAGCUGAUUGAGCACUGCUGCAGGCUGUCCCAGGGGCUCACCAACCCGGAGGUAGAUGCGGGGCUGCUCACAGACAUCAUGAAGCAGCUGCUCUUCAGCGCCAAGAUGAUGUUUGUCAAGGCAGGCCGGAGCCAGGACCUAGCUCUUUGUGACAGCUACAUCAGCAAGGUAGAUGUGCUGAAUAUUUUAGUUGCUGCUGCCUAUCGCCACGUGCCAUCUCUGGAUCAGAUCUUGCAACCAGCCGCAGUAACCAGGCUAAGGAACCAGCUUUUGGAAGCUGAGUACUACCAACUGGGCGUUGAGGUCUCCACAAAGACUGGCCUUGAUACCACCGGGGCAUGGCACGCUUGGGGCAUGGCCUGCCUCAAAGCUGGGAACCUCACCGCCGCACGGGAGAAGUUUAGUCGCUGUCUGAAGCCCCCUCUCGACCUCAAUCAGCUGAGUCAUGGCUCAAGACUGGUACAGGAUGUGGUUGAGUACCUGGAGUCCACAGCGAGGCCACUUCUAUCUGUGCAAGAUGAUGAUUACUUGGCCACCUUGAAAGAGCUGGAAGCUACCCUUCGGACCCAGAGCCUCUCUCUGGAGGUGAUUCCUGAAGGGAAGAUCAUGAACAACACCUACUACCAAGAAUGCCUCUUCUACCUGCAUAACUACAGCACCAGCCUGGCCAUCAUUAGCUUCUACGUGAGGCACAGCUGCCUGCGGGAAGCCCUGCUGCACCUCCUCCACAAGGAGAGUCCCCCAGAAAUCUUCAUAGAAGGCAUCUUCCAGCCAAGCUAUAAAAGUGGGAAGCUACACGUUUUAGAAAACUUGCUAGAAUCCAUUGAUCCAACCUUGGAAAGCUGGGGAAAGUACUUGAUUGCCGCCUGCCAACAUUUACAGAAGAAGAACUACUACCACAUUCUGUACGAGCUACAGCAGUUUAUGAAGGACCACAUCCGGGCCGCCAUGACCUGUAUUCGGUUCUUCAGUCACAAAGCAAAGACAUAUACGGAGCUGGGAGAGAAGCUCUCUUGGCUGCUUAAGGCCAAGGACCACCUGAAGAUCUACCUCCAAGAAACCUCCCGCCGUACUGGAAGGAAGAAAACCACCUUCUUCCGAAAGAAGAUGACGGCAGCUGAUGUGUCAAGGCACAUGAACACACUUCAGCUGCAGAUGGAAGUGACCAGGUUCUUACAUCGCUGCGAAAGUGCUGGGACCUCUCAGAUCACCCCCUUGCCUCUGCCAACCCUGUUUGGAAACAACCACAUGAAAAUGGAUGUUGCCUGCAAGGUCAUGCUAGGAGGGAAAAAUGUAGAAGAUGGUUUUGGAAUUGCAUUCCGGGUUCUGCAGGACUUCCAGCUGGACGCUGCCGCAACCUACUGCAAAGCCGCCCGGCAGUUGGUGGAGAGGGAGAAGUACAGUGAGAUCCGACAGCUGCUCAAGUGUGUCAGCGAGUCAGGCAUGGCGGCCAGAAGUGACGGGGACACCAUCCUCCUCAACUGCUUGGAAGCAUUCAAGAAAAUUCCACCCCAGGAGCUGGAGGGCCUGAUCCAGGCGAUGCACAGUGAUGACAGCAAGGUUCAGGCCUACCUGACAUGUUGCAAGCUGCGUUCUGCCUACUUGAUCGCCGUGAAGCAAGAACACUCGCGGGCCGCGGUCCUCGUCCAGCAGGUGCAGCAGGCCGCCAAGAGCAGUGGGGACGCAGUAGUGCAAGACAUCUGCUCCCAGUGGCUUCUGACAAGCCACAGCCGGGGCGCCCACGGCUCGGGCUCCAGGAAGUGACCCUGGACUACGGGGCCUGACAACUGUGGGAGGGGAGUGAUGGGAUGCUUCCAGCUCUUUCCUCCUGUGGGACGGGACUUCCCUGGCUCCACCCCAGGUGGGAAAGAGCUGGAAUUGGACCCGACUUGCCAUCCUGGGCAAAGACAGGACCUUUCACACAAGUGCCAUGUUUCUGUAAAACUGUGGAGUCUGUGUUUGUCUGGAGAUGGCCAGUUCUUUCUACCUCAGAGUGAGUGUGUGUGUGUGCACGCUCUUUGCGCUCAUGUUUACGCCCAAGCAUUUCUGAACAAAUGAAACUCUCCCCCCACUGCAAAGAGGCACUUUACUUUAGACUUCUGCCUGUCUGAAAACCUUCCCCGCGUUUUUGGUUCUUAACCCGGGUUCAUCCUGUUUGUACACAGUUCCCUCUGUGUGGAGACGUUCCAGUAGCUCCUCGUGACUGGAAGGGUUUUAACAGAGAAUUAUAGAGCAGCAUCAAAAGGAUUUCCUCUUCUUCCCUCCUUCCCGUCCCCAAAUUCAGAGAUGGCUUUAGGGCAGUUGCCUCCUGUGGUAUAAAACCAUUCUGAGUGUCUCUCCUCUCACAAGCGCCAGAGUUACCAUGAAUCUUCGGAAGGUGGUCUGAACAGAAAGGUCCUCAGGUGCUGGCAUCUGAAAGCUGUGGCUACCUGUACACGUGAUGGGGUCUGG